AUGGUGAAAGAUACAAAGUUUUACGACAUUUUGGGAGUGUCUCCUUCCGCUGGAGACAACGAAUUAAAGAAGGCUUACAGAAAGGCUGCCUUGAAAUACCAUCCUGAUAAGAACCCAUCGCCAGAAGCAGCCGAGAAGUUCAAAGAGAUUUCUUCUGCUUACGAAGUCUUAUCGGACGAACAAAAGAGAGAAGUCUACGACAACUAUGGUGAAGAAGGUUUGUCCGGCCAAGGAGGCAUGGGUGGCGGUAUGGGCGCUGAAGAUAUCUUCUCCCAGUUCUUUGGAGGAGGUUUCGGUGGAAUGGGUGGCGGUGGCCCACAACGUCCAUCUAGAGGCAAGGACAUCAAGCAUUCCAUAUCAUGCACCUUGGAAGAAUUGUACAAGGGACGUGUUGCUAAGCUUGCCCUCAACAAGACCAUCUUGUGUAAAGGAUGUAACGGAUUGGGUGGUAAAGAAGGCAAGGUCAAGAAGUGUACUGCUUGUUCCGGUACUGGUAUGAGAUUCGUCACCAGACAAAUGGGUCCUAUGAUCCAAAGAUUCCAAACUGUGUGUGAGACCUGUCAAGGUUCCGGUGACAUUUGUGAUGCCAAGGACCGUUGUACCGUCUGUAAGGGUAAGAAGACUCAAACCGAACGUAAGAUCUUGCAAGUCCACAUCGAUCCAGGUAUGAAGGAUGGUAGAAGAAUCGUUUUCAGCGGUGAAGGUGACCAAGAGCCAGGUAUCACUCCAGGUGAUGUUGUUUUCGUUGUUGACGAAAAGCCACACGACAAAUUCACCAGAAAGGGUGAUGACUUAUUCUACGAAGCCGAAGUCGAUUUGUUGACUGCCCUUGCCGGUGGUGAGAUCGCCUUCAAGCAUGUCUCUGGUGACUACAUCAAGGUGACUAUCAUUCCAGGAGAGGUCAUUGCUCCAGGUGCCACCAAGGUUAUCGAAAACCAAGGUAUGCCAAUCUACAGACAAGGUGGUCACGGUCACCUUUUCGUCAAAUUCACUGUCAAGUUCCCAGAAAACAACUUUGCCGACGAAGAAAAGUUGAAACAAUUGGAAAGUAUCUUGCCAGCAAGAACCAAGGUCACCAUUCCAAAGGGCUCCGAAGUUGACGAAGUCGACUUGGUUGACAUUGAUCCAUACAAACACCAAUCUUCUGGAAGACGUGAUGCUUAUGACUCUGAUGAUGAGGAAGGUGGUCAAGGUGCUCCAAAUGUCCAAUGUGCUUCUCAAUAG